UCGGCCCCGCGACGCAGCCCGUAUCUCGCCGAGCCGCGCGGCAUCGCAGUCUCCCGACUCCGGUCCAGAUCCGACCGCGACCCGCGCGAGUUGGACUCCGAGGAUGCGGCGGGCGGGUUGAAAACGUCGCGCGCGGACUCGGCGAAGAGGGAAAUGGCGGGACCGGAGAUUCUGGGCUGACGCGCGACGCGCGACUCGAGGACCAGGACCGCCAGGAUGUUGGUCCCGGCAGAGAUGCUGGCGGUCCAAUCCAAGAUGGUCUACCAGAUCAACAAGUACUUCGGGGAGCGGGUGAUGACCCGCAAGAGCCAGGUGGCCAAGACCAUCCAGGAGGUGUGCAGGGUGGUGCAGGACGUCUUGAAGGAGGUGGAGGCUCAGGAGCCCAGGUUCAUCUCGUCCCUGACGGACUACAACGGGCGCUUCGACGGACUCGACGUCAUCUCCCCGACGGAGUUCGAGAUCGUGAUUUACCUGAACCAAAUGGGGGUCCUCAACUUCGUGGACGACGGGACUCUCCCGGGGUGCGCGGUCCUCAAGCUGAGCGACGGUCGGAAGAGGUCCAUGUCCCUGUGGGUCGAGUUCAUCACGGCUUCCGGAUACCUCUCGGCGAGGAAGAUCCGCUCCAGGUUCCAGACGCUGGUCGCUCAGGCGUGCGACAAAUGCGCGUACAGGGACUCCGUCAAGAUGAUCGCGGACACCACCGAGGUCAAGCUCAGGAUUCGCGAGAGAUACGUCGUGCAGAUCACUCCCGCGUUCAAGUGCGCCGGCCUCUGGCCCAGGUCCGCGUCCCACUGGCCCAUCCCUCACAUCCCCUGGCCGCAUCCCAACAUCGUCGCCGAGGUGAAGGCCGAGGGGUUCGACAUGCUGUCGAAGGAGUGCAUCGGACUCCAGGGGAAGCAGUCCGCCAUGGAGGGCGACGCCUGGGCCUUGUCCUUCAUCGACGCCGAGAACCGCCUGCUCCAGGGCGCCAGCCGCAGGCGGUGUCUCAGCAUCUUGAAGACCCUGAGGGACCGACACCUCGAUCUCCCCGGAAACCCGGUCACCAGCUAUCACGUCAAGACUCUGUUACUUUACGAGUGCGAGAAGCAUCCUCACGAGGCCGAGUGGGACGAGACCUGUUUGGGGGAUCGCAUCAACGGCAUCCUUCUGCAGCUCAUUUCCUGCCUUCAGUGCCGAAGAUGCCCGCACUAUUUUCUACCCAGUUUGGAUCUCUUCAAGGGAAAGUCCCCCAGUGGGCUGGAAAACGCCGCGAAACAAGUCUGGCGACUCACUCGCGAACUUCUCACCAACAGCCGGGCCUUGGAGAAGCUGUGAUCCAGUUUAUGGGCCGCGAUCGCUGGCCGUUAUCGCCCUCGUCGAUUGAACCAGACAUUUCGGUCUAUAUUGCGGAUUCUCGGUGCGCUUCGUUUUUUUCCCCGGAACGUCCCUCGUCGAUUUCGUCGCCGGUGCCGGACGGGAAGACGCCUCGUGGACGAACCUCGACCCUCGCGAGGAAGCUUUGGUCCCGAUUCGACGUCGAUUCCGUCGAAUUCAGCGUUACUUUUAAUUCCCCGACGCCAAGCUACGCUGUGUAUUAAUUGUUAAUCGUACUUAAUACCGCGAGAGAAGGUGGCCACUCGCGAGUGCGUUCGUUAUUUCAAUGGGUACUUGUCCUCGCCGGGGCAACCGGGCCAAGUUCUCUUUUGUAAGACUUCUCGUGUUCCCUCCUUUGUACAUACUCCAUGAAAAUAUUUAUUAAUGCUGUAACGUGACAUGAGAAAUACAAGUACUAUUUA